AAAAAUGGUUAAAGAGGUUGAGAGGAGAAAAGACUUCAUGGCCAAAAUAACAAAAACAACCUUAUAAUGUUUGAAAAACAUCGAAACCUUCCACAGUGGAUGGUCAAGUCAAACGAAAAAGACGCGGAAAAGAAGAAAAGGCACGAAACCGCUAAAAGGACAGCGAAGAAGCGGGUCAAAAGUGUGGUCACGUAUUGGAUGAAUGAGAGUGAGCUGUUAGAAACGGCGCUCGAUAUUUUGAAAGAUGAAACGAAAAUGACUAGAGAGGCAGUCCAAGCCCCGGAGGAGAUGGUGAUUCUGGAGACUGACGAUGAAGACUCGACAGAUUUACACCACAAAACUCGUGUUUCAAACAUUGCCGAGCAAGAAACUGUGCCAUACGCAAACUGUGUGGAAGAGAGUACCAGUACAAAACCAGACUGCCAUUUAAAGCCGACGUCUGAUGUUUCAGAACCUCCAGAAAAACCUGACGAUGAUGACGAGGCUCUUAAGCUUGUAAGAGAGAUCUUUUUCACGUAAUUCAAGCCUCGAGUUACACUUGUAAUUGUACUUUGAAACUAUUUAAUCUUCUGUUGAAGAGACAUUUACAUUUUCAUCCUCGUGUCAUUGCAAACAUACAUUGCUAGCUUUCUUCUGUGGAGCAUAAAAGGAGAUGCUUUGAAGAAUGUUUUAGUCUCUUUUUCGGAUCAAGACUGGAGCCUGGACUUAGAAUCUUCAAAAUACACCACGAAAAUUGUCCUAAUAAAGUAAUAGUAAUAUUUUUAUUUUCGAAACCUGACAUUUUUGAGGGAACAAGUAUCUCCUUUGUGUUCUUGAGAAAAUAAGAAAGCCAUUUAGGUUUGGAACAAUACGAGUAAUUGAUUACUUUUUUGGUUAAAAAAAAUUUCUCUUGAAUUUUAACAAAAGCACUGCUUUUACUCAGGUAAUGUGAAUCUUGUUUUGAUCUGCGUGGGCUUGUUUGUUUAGGCAGCAACCAACGGAAUCAAGAUAAUAUCUCAUUUGUUUUUUUAAACCUGCUGCUCUGAUAAUUGUAAUUUGCACACUUGCACUUUCUUUGGUCCUGUGGUUAAGAAAGUAACAACAAAAACAUGAGAAUGUUCAAUUCCAUGCAUAAGUCAAUUGUAUAUUUUAUUAUUUUUAAUUUUAAAAACUAGCUUUCAGCAUCUUGAGGACACAUUUUCAAGCAUAAUGUCAAGAUUUAUUUUGCUUGUCAGGAAACCUGAUGGUAAUGCUCAAAAACAGAUGUCGCAGGUG